UAUUACUACUAUCUUUCAAUUCUACAAAGUGUAUAAAUGAAAACAAUUCGGAUUUCUGUACGAAUAUUUCAUCUGUAAAACUGCGUGUUACAAUUAAAUCAUUGUGAAGAUAAUUUAAUUUUGUUUUGCGUUUGUGCACUAAUUUAGAUAAAUUUCAAAUUGAAUUUUAUGAUUUUUGUACGAACGGCUCAUCGCAAUACAAAAUAUAAAAAAUGCUUUGGUAAUUUCUACAUUUUUUAUUUUAUGUUUUCCGAUGUGGAAAAUAUUUAAUUGAAUGACAGAAAAGAUACAUUACGAGUCUUUGUAGUGAAGAUUAACAGCAGGAACAAAGGAUCAUAGUGUCCAAUGGGUAUUAUAAAAUGAUACAUAAAUCAUCAGAAAAUAUGUUCUGUGUUGGCCUUCUUCAGGUUCAAGUCUACAUCAUUCGACUGUUGUUAGGAACGUGAUGUUAACUGUAAUUUUAUUAUGCUGGAAAUAAAACACUCUGAACACAAUUAUUUGAUUUUUUAAUGAGUAUUGAAAAUCGUGUAAAGUGUCAAAUGGGAAAAUAUUCGAGAAUGGUGAGUAGGUGAAUGAAAUGGAAGAACGUGGUAGUGUCCCCUUUGAACCAGCAAGACCGGAAUUCGCAUGCACUGACCGAAAAAGAACCCACGAACGACAUGAGUUAGAAUGGCCAAUAAUAAGACUGCGGUUUGCAGCGGUUACCCCACAAACACGAGUUAGAAGCAUUACCGCUACUCGGGCGUACUGUAGCUUACUGGGCAUGAAUGGAACAGUUGGUUAUAUGGAGUCUUUCGUGCGGACAUGGAGGGAUGUCUUGAACAUAACCAUUAACGCGUUGCAGCAUUAAACUUCAAGUGACAGGAUAUGGAAGGAAGCUGCCAUGACCUAAUUUCAAGAGAAUGCUGGGAUGUGAUGCGGGCUCGCAAGUACACAACGCCAGCCAUUGUGGGUAAAAUCGCUGCUUGAGCCAAAGUCACGAAGGCAGCAGACGCCUCAUACCAGGACGUGCACCGAUAAGCCAAGAUAAAAGGUGUGUUCAUCUUUAAUAACUGCGAUUCUACAACACUGACUGAUUGUUCAAUUUUGGUGUUAUCUGGAUGUUUGGCCGAGCCUCAACCUGAAUAAAUUUGCGGCACGCAGUAAUCGUGCAUAAAAUGGUGCGGGAGUGGUCCAGAAGGACCUAUCGACCGGGAGACACAGGAUAAGAUUCCGGGGCGUCCACACCAUGGACACGACUUGGUGGACUGCGCUGCUAUGGCUACUGUCGGCAGCGCUGGUGGCUGCAGAUAAUGAGACAUCUACUGUAGCAUCUUCCGAAGAAUCAUUGCUACUCUCUGAAGCCACCACGGUUCCGUCUCCUUCUGAAUCCCCUUUUUCGGUGAAGCUGUCGGUCCAGAUAGAGGCAACAACAAUUUUGUCACCGACAACUACGUUUCCUACAACAGCUCUCACUGCAUUGCCGCAUUCAGUCACACCAGAAGUGUCAACGGCCGGCAUGGGUCGUAAUUUCCUACCCUGGUUGCCAUCAGUGCACCACCAUCACCAAGGAACACGAUGGGGCCCCUAUUUCGAAGACGGGGCAGAGCCCCAGAAUAUCACAGCACGGGUUGGAUCCACUGUGCUACUGGACUGCAAGAUCGGUAUGCUUCAAGAUAAAACGGUGACAUGGAUGCAUCGAAAGCAUGACUCCAUACACUUACUAACGGUGGGUCGUCAUGCAUACAGCACGGACCAAAGAAUAACGCUCAGUUUCCGUUACCAUAACAACUGGCGCCUGGAGAUACAGUACGUGACCCGGCGUGACGAGGGUCACUACGAAUGUCAAGUGGCGACACACCCCCCACUGGUCAAGAAAGUGUUCCUCAAGGUCACAGCUCCAGAGGUAGCGAUUAUGGAUGAGAAUAACCACGAGGUAUCUGAGAGAUACUACAAAGCAGGAAGUGCUGUGGAACUUACGUGCCUCGCGACGCAGGUGGAGGAACCAGGCGACUACGUCACCUGGCGUCACGGUGACACCCCCCUCUCCAAGGGAAUAAGUAUAAACGCGAGUCUGGGGACUGGCGUUGUGGUCACCACCCUGACAGUAGACCAUGCCCUGAAGCAGCACUCCGGAAACUACACGUGUGCUGUAGGAAGUCUCGCCUCGGCUACUGUGUCUGUGCACAUACUUAAUGGUGAGCUGCCUGCGGCGGUGCACCACGGCAAUCUGGCCUGUGAGCAGCCCCGCCCAGCGUGGGGUUGGAUGAGUCUGUUCCUGGCACUCCAUAUCGCCUUCUGCAGGUGACAAUAUAGCCAUGUGUAACGCCCGCCGCCACUUCAGUUGCAAUUGAAGCGAUUGUUUCUUAACUUCGUGCGAGAGGGAUAUUCACAAGUAUGCUUCUGGCUGAUGAAAAUAUCGACUCUUAAAUAAACAUAAGAAGAUCUUGAAGCACAGCCUGGCUUCAGUUCAUCCAUCUUUCAGACAGUUGCAUUUAGCCAAACACGUAACAUAUCUCUCCUCUUCGGGGAGUACGAUGUCUCAAAUAUAAGCAGAAGAUACUUGAUUGAGAAAUUAAUUUUUCCUUUAACCAAAUAUAAAAUUUGAAGUGUCUUUAAUCAUUCCAUAUUCAAAUUCUUAUCUUUUUAUAUUUUUGUGAAGAUGUUAACGUCUUACAAGGCACUUGGUAGAUGUAAGUGGUGUGUUCUUAAUGUCACAUAGUUCAGAAUAAUAAUCUGAGGGAUUCAUCUUCUCAAACACAAAAUAGGCCAUACCCAAAGUAUUUAUAAGCGAUAUAUCUCGUCUGUAGUAUGUAAAGGAUUAAAUAAGAUAUGCAACUAAGAUUUUUAUGAAUAAUGAGAGUGAAAUGUUGGACUUAUUUGGGUUCAGAUGAUUAUGUCUUUGAACACGGGACAAAGAACACGCCACUUUCAAUCAUGUGUUGUGUGAUUGUCUUUUCUGUAAACGAUACACUGCAGGAAUACUGCUUUUCACAAAAGAAAUUCCAUGGAAUCCAGAACUCUGACAAGUAAGAGUGCAUUUCGGAUACUGGUUCUGUCUUCAAAUAGCACUAUAAUUGGAUACAGAUUAAGACACAACACAAUUAUCUUUUCAUUCUGGCAAUUAACAAUAUGUAAAGAAUAGUCCCUGGUUUGUAGAUUGUCUGUCAAACAACACAAACAAAAGCAGCCAAUCACCCGUGUGAGAAUCGAGUUUUAUCAAAAUAAACACUGAUGACAGGCAGAGAUACAGUGGAUCUCAACUCCAUUCUCUAACUGGUGAUCGGCCGAGAAGACUUGAUUGAAAACCUACUUGAAUUCGUAACUUCUUGUAAGUAUAAUUCUGUAAUUUAUUAAUUAAUUUUAUAAUUGCAAUUUAAUGUUUAUUUUCUUUUAGUGUCAUUUUGCCUUACUCCCUUACAUUAACCUAUUCUGUGUGUGUAAAAGCUCUGAAAAGAGGACUCUGAAAGUACUUAUUCAUUACAUUCUUAUAUAAUAUCUGAUGACGUCUAAAUCAAGUGACAGAACAUUUUGCGAGAUAUGUUCUUUUUUGAUUAAAAGUGUUUGUGAACCUCUUUGUCGUGUAUUACUGGCUCACGUGUUUACUACGAAAGAUUACCAACCACACGAAAUCAAAUUAUAUUUUUAUAAUACAAACAUUCUAACUAUAUCAUUUCAGUGUUUCUUGUAAAGACAACAGUGAAUUGGUGACUUCAAUUAUGCAAUAUAAUAUAAUGUAAAUCAUUGUUAAUAUUAAAGUGAUAUGAAGAAUAUAUGAAGAUGAAUGUGGAGUGGCAUCAAAACAAACUUUGUAUAUUCUUAAUUAUUCUAGGUUCUGUUGAGCCUGAAAGAAAUAAACCACUUUGGAGACCCAGAUUCGGAUGAGAUGAUACUAUUAAAAUUGAUAAUAAAAAUAGAUGGUCUCACGGUGUGAACUGAACUCACUUGCCUAAGAAUGGUUAACUUUGCUGGUUCUUGUGAACACGGUAAUGAAUCUAGGAAUUCAAUAAGAUGCUGGAGCAUUUUUACCAGCUGAGCUAACUAUUCGGCACUCUACAUAUUUAGCACCAGACUUUAGGAAAUGUUGUUAGAAUUAAUUAUUAAUUACGUAUUUUAUGUAUUCUAGUAUGCCUAUAAAGUAGACAGUCAAUUCUAA